ACUAUUUUUGUUUACAUAUAUAUUCAAGUUUGUGGAUUAGAAAAUACUCGUAGAUUUUACAAUCCCAACCCAACCUCGUGCCCCGUCGAACGAGAUCUUUAGGAUCUUGAAUACUACGCAGUAAUCUUCCCUCAAUCAAACAUUCUUAUACAUGGCAGCGGAGUCGAGUAAGCCCCAGUCAGUCUACGAUUUCACCGUUAAGAAUGCUAAAGGAGAGGAUGUUGAACUUAGUGCUUACAAGGGAAAGGUCCUUUUGAUUGUGAAUGUUGCAUCACAGUGUGGCCUGACAAACUCAAAUUACGGUGAAUUGAAGACAUUGUAUGAGCAAUACAAGGACAAAGGUUUGGAGAUUCUUGCGUUCCCUUGCAACCAAUUUGCUGGCCAAGAGCCUGGCACAGAUGAAGAAAUCUUGGAAACGGCAUGUACCCGCUUCAAGGCUGAAUUUCCCAUUUUCGGAAAGGUUGAUGUUAAUGGUAAGGGUGCUGCUCCGCUUUACCAGUUCUUGAAGGCAAGCAAAGGUGGAUUUUUGGGCAAUGAUAUCAAGUGGAAUUUUUCUAAAUUCCUUGUUGACAAAGAGGGAAAGGUUGUGGAUCGCUAUGCUCCCACUACAUCUCCGUUAAGCAUAAAGAAGGACAUUGAGAAACUGCUGCCCCAGACAUCUUAAACCUGUUCUACUCCUCCCAAAUGAUAUGUGUGCUAUUAUUGUUGUUGAUGAUGUUGCUGAUAUUUCACGCCUUAAAUUAAAUUAUGAAAGUCCAAAAUGUGGAUGUGAAUAAAUGCAAGCCCGCUUUGUAGUUGCUUGCUAGUUGCUGCAUAUAUAUACAUCGUGGUGUAUUUUAAAAGGGGUUAAUCCUUGUAUUCCCUGCCGUCAAUAAUUCAAGUAUUGACUAUACGUCUAUACCAAUAUGAAAUUACUGUAAUUUUCUUUCAAUCUAGUUUUUGUAUGGGGAUUGGACAACAAUACUACAAAAUGAAAACUCAUGAAUAAAUAUAAGAUGA